CAGUCUUUGGCUGUCUUCCGGAAGUUGCCGGUUUGCCCGGCGGGUUUGAUGCUGUCGGUUGGUCUGCCGUUCCCCGAGCGGAGAAACCCUCACCAACAUGCGGGGAAACGUGAGGAUUUUACUGGUGGGAGAACCUAAAGUUGGCAAAACAUCACUGAUCAUGUCCUUGGUCAGUGAGGAGUUUCCUGAGAAGGUGCCAGCACGUGCAGAAGAGAUCACGAUCCCUGGGGAUGUCACACCAGAGAGAAUUCCCACUCACAUCAUUGACUACUCAGCCUCAGAGCAGACAGACGACGAGCUCCAAGAUGAGAUUAACCGGGCAAAUGUGGUCUGUGUUGUGUAUGAUGUAAACCAGGAGAGCACCAUUGAGAAGAUCCGAAGUAAGUGGAUUCCUUUGGUGAACGGAAGUUCUGAAAGUGGUAACAGAAUUCCAGUGAUCCUGGUGGGUAAUAAGUCAGACCUUCAGGGAACCAGCUCCAUGGAAAUGAUCCUUCCCAUCAUGAACCAGUUCACUGAGAUUGAGACUUGUGUGGAGUGUUCGGCUAAGAGCUUGAAGAAUAUUUCCGAGCUGUUCUUCUACGCACAGAAGGCUGUCCUGCACCCAACAGCCCCACUGUACAGCCCAGAGGAUAAACAGUUGAAACCUUCAUGCAUCCAAGCGUUGACCCGGAUCUUCAAUAUCUCCGACCAGGACAAUGACAGAAUUCUUAGUGAUACAGAGAUGAACUUCUUUCAGAAAUACUGUUUCAGGAAUCCACUGUCAGCACAGGCUUUAGAAGAUGUUAAAACAGUAGUGUGGAAGAACACUACUGAUGGGAUCCUGGAUGAUGGACUGACUUUAAAUGGUUUCCUCUUCCUGAACACAUUGUUCAUCCAGCGUGGAAGACACGAGACCACCUGGACUGUCCUUCGCAAGUUUGGCUAUGAUGACAACUUGGAACUGACAGAUGACUAUCUCCAUCCACCACUCCGGGUUCCCUACGAGAGCACAACGGAGCUGAAUCAGCGAACCUACCUGUUCCUCCAGCGCAUCUUUGAGAAGUACGAUGUAGAUAAUGAUGGUGUCCUCUCUCCCAUUGAGCUGAAGAAUUUAUUCAGUGUGUUCCCUUACUUCCCCUGGGGCCCUGAGGCCUUCAACACGGUGUGCACAGACGAGAGGGGCUGGAUCACCCUUCAUGGCUACCUCUGCCACUGGACGUUCACGGCCUAUCUGGAUGUCCAUCGUUGUAUUGAGUACCUGGGGUACCUGGGCUACACUACCAUUAUGGAGGAAGAAUCCCAAACUGCAGCCAUCACAGUCACUCGGGGAAAGAAGCUGGACCUGGAGAAAGGUCAGACCCAGAGGAAUGUGUUCCUGUGUAAAGUGAUUGGACCCAAGGGCACUGGGAAAACAGCCUUCCUUCAAGCAUUCCUGGGGCGCAGCCUGCAGAUGCAGUGUGAGAUGGGUGGAGAUCUCUGUGACUUUACAAUCAACACGGUGCAUGUCAACGGACAGGAUAAGUACUUAAUUCUACACGAGGUGGACGUUGACACUGAGUUUCUGAAAGCCUCCAAUGCUACCUGUGAUGUGGCUUGCCUGAUGUAUGAUAUCACAGAUGCCAAAUCCUUCAACUACUGUGCCAGCAUUUACAAGGAGCACUACAUGGAGAGCAGGAUUCCCUGUGUGUUUGUGGCAUCAAAGGCUGACCUGCCUGAACAGAAGCAGGAGCAUGGGAUCACGCCGGUGGAGUUUUGUUACAAACACAGACUCCCAGCUCCUUUCAACUUCAGCUGCAAUAACGAGGCAGCAGCCAACUCACAGAUCUACUCCCGCCUCGCACUUGUAGCUGCAUUCCCCCACCUGAAUGAAGCAGAGCUCAGCCCGUCUUCCUUCUGGCUGCGGGUCACACUGGGAGCCACGGUCACCACCUUCCUUGCGCUUGCCCUCUACAAGGCACUGGCCCGACACAAGUAAUGGGGUGGAGAUUGGCCGGCAGUCCCAGAGUUGGAGCUUUGUGAGGAGGACAGGUGACCCAGCACCAUUUGGGUGGGGGCUGGAAUGAGCAAUAGAGCCACAAGUGGAAGAACUGAAGAAGCAACUCGUGCUGCCAGGAUUGACUAGAGGAGUGAGGCUUACUUCUUCACCACCACAGUCAGCACCAUCUUGUCUCAGGGUUUGGACUGCUCACUGUCUACUGGCAGCCUCCUGGUCAGACUGCUCUUUCUUUGGUGAUAGGAAAAGAAAAAUAAGUUUAAAGACACUUUUAAUCUCAGCAUUGAUUGUAAAGUCCUCUUCAGUGUUGGGCUUUUCAGGAGUGGUUGAGAAACCAGAAGUUUCCUACACUAUUUUUGUACGACACUUUACAUCUGUGUCCAUAAUUUGCAGUGUAUUUUUUCACUUGUGUUCAUCUUUUUCAAUGUUGUUUGGGUUAGAGACUGGAUGCCACAGGAGGGUCAAACCUAACUUUGCACUGUUGUGCCCUCGCUUACUGGAUGAAGUGUGGCCCUUUGUAGCAGAGAAUGAAUAUUUCUCCCCCCACCCCUCACUGGCUCGAGUGUCUACUUUUUCCCUGCCUCUGGCCGUUUACAGUCUCAGUCUUGGCAACAGCAGGUUCUAUUGCCAACACCUGGAGUCCAUGACCAAUUUGCUGCUGUUUGGCACUACCUGCAUGUUGUUCAAAAAUGGUUGAGUGUAGAAAGCUUCAGAAGUCCUGAGCAUCUACUGAGAGACCGUUGUUUCAGAUCCUGCCCUUUGUACUCACUGGGAUUUAUCCUGGUCUCAUUUACACUAAUUAAUCUUCAACCCUCAACUGAGAUCUCAACUAUGGUUCACACUCUAGGGAUUGGAGAAAAGCUAUUCAGCCCUUUGAACCUGUCUGUCACUUGGUUACGCUGAUCCCAGUUGAUCUGUGUGUCUGUUUCAUUAAUUUAUUGAUGUUGAACAGGCAGAAGGUGCCAGUAUCAGGUGAAAGAUUCACUUCUCCUGGCCAUACAGUACUUCCUUAAAAAUAUUUUUUUAACUGUAGUAUUGUUUAACUGUUGUAGGGUGUACAUUUUUGAUUAAAAAGGUAUUAAUAUAUUGUGGUUGUGGUUCAGAGGCCAAGUGCCUCGCCAGUGUCUAGCAUUCUGAUUGGCACUGAUUCCUGUUUCUAAUCCUUAAUGGACAGAGUACCUAUUAGCUCACACCCUCACCUCACCUGUCUUACUGUGGGUGUAUUGGAUGAGGAUCAGCUUCUUGUUUCGGUGGGUUAGAGAUCUGCCCCCCGUGCCUUGUCCAUAUCAGAGGAAAUGGGGCAAAUGUGGGCAGGCACAGUCCCCACAAAGACUCAAAAGCAACAUGAGAAGUUUUCUUCAAUGAAUUUCAGGUCCAUUCUCUUGCCCUUGUGUCUGACAGCAGAGCCUUUGUGGAACCCAGUGUGUGAUAGCAGGUACCAGGUACAAAAUGAGGCUGGGUUCAUUUAAGCUGUCACUCCUGCCUCCAUUCAGAGUGUGCUGAAAUCCAUUCACUCAUAUGUAAACAUUUCUGAGAGUUUUAAUAGAUUUUGUGCACCUGUCUUUCAAAGGAAAUAUAUUUUUCAGAUUUUAUCUCUUUGUGUUGUAUGGUGAUGCAGUUGGAGUGAAAAGGUCUCUCAACUUUUCAGGGCAGCAGGGGAAUUUCAAGGGAAGGUAUCCUGGUGCUGCUGACAAUGAAACUACCAGAUUGUCGUAAGAUUCUGAUGCUGCAAAUGUUAUCUGUGGAGAGUAAUACAAUUAAUGUGUCAGGUUAAAAACUUCUUAAUGAAAAACACAGGUUCAUUAUUGUCCUUACCCAGCCCUAUGUGUGCACAUGCAGUGUGAUUAAUUGCCCUCUGAAAUGCCUCAUUUACUACCCUCUCAGUGUUGGAAACAAUAAAAGGGGAUCCAAAAGUACCUAAUGUUCAGUUAUCUUUCCUCAAACACCUGACUGCCCUCUUAAUUUUCACUUCCUCUCCAAUUCUCGUCAUUGGCCUGGUUCCCACUGAUAUUCACA